CCUCCUGCCGCUCCCGGCACCGCCCCGCAGCGCCAGCGAGCACCUGGGACGGGCGGCGGCCGCGGCGGCUCCACGGGACCCGCGAUCUUUGCAAUGAGUUACCCUGGCUAUCCUCCAGCAGGUGGAUAUCCACCAGCUGCCCCAGGUAGCAAUCCUUGGGGUGGUGCUGCCUAUCCACCUUCAAAUCCACCUCCAAUUGGUCUGGAAAAUGUGGCUGGCUAUGCCAACCAGUUCAAUCCCAGCCAUAUGGCUGGAAUGGCAUCCAGCCUGGCAGGGACCUUUGGAGGGGCAAAUGUUCCUCAAGGCAUGUAUCCUUCCACACCUGGGGGUUACCCACCAGUUCCUCCGGGUGGCUUUGGGCAGCCUCCGCCAGGACAGCAGCCCUCUUACGGAGGRUAUCCUCCUCCUGGAGGAAAUCCACCAUCAGGAAUGCCAGCUUACCCAGCAUACCCAGGCGGCCCUGUGCCAGGCCAGCCCACACCAYCGCCUGGUCAGCAGCCUAUGAACUAUCCAGGACCUCCAGCAACUUACCCAGGGCAGCAGCCCAUGCCAAAUUAUCCACCAGGUCCAUCAGUGAAUCCAUCAAUGCCCUCUUACUCAGGAACUACAGGGCCUGCAGUCACUACUGUAACACAUGGAAACCGAGGUACCAUCACUGAUGCACCGGGGUUUGAUCCUCUGAGGGAUGCAGAAGUCUUAAGGAAGGCCAUGAAGGGAUUCGGAACCGAUGAGCAGGCCAUCAUCGAUUGUCUUGGAAGUCGUUCAAACAAGCAACGGCAGCAGAUAAUCCUGUCCUUCAAAACAGCUUAUGGAAAGGAUUUGAUCAAGGAUCUGAAGUCUGAGCUAUCAGGUAACUUUGAGAGGACAAUCUUGGCAAUGAUGAAGACACCUGUCAUGUUUGAUGCUUAUGAAAUCAAGGAAGCUAUACAGGGUGUUGGCACAGAUGAAAAUUGUCUCAUUGAAAUCUUAGCUUCCCGCAGUAAUGAGCAUAUUCAGGAACUCAGCAGGGUCUACAAAGCAGAAUAUAAGAAAACUUUGGAGGAAGCAAUAAGAAGUGACACAUCUGGACACUUUCAGAGGCUAUUAAUUUCACUUGCUCAGGGAAACAGAGAUGAAAGCACAAAUGUUGACAUGUCUGUUGUCCAAAGAGAUGUGCAGGAGCUGUAUGCAGCUGGUGAGAACCGUCUAGGAACGGAUGAAUCCAAGUUCAAUGCCAUUCUGUGUGCAAGAAGCAGGGCCCACCUUAGAGCAGUCUUCAGCGAGUACCAGAGGAUGUGUAACCGGGACAUUGAAAARAGCAUUUGUAGUGAGAUGUCUGGAGACCUGGAAAAGGGCAUGCUGGCAGUAGUUAAGUGUCUCAAGAACACGCCAGCCUUUUUUGCUGAGAGAUUGCAUAAAGCAAUGAAGGGAGCGGGAACAAAGGACAGGACUCUGAUCCGGAUCAUGGUAUCGCGCAGCGAGAUUGACCUGCUGGACAUACGUGCAGAGUACAAGCGGAUGUAUGGCAGAUCUCUCUACACAGAUAUCACUGGUGAUACUUCGGGAGACUACCGGAAAAUCCUACUCAAGUUGUGUGGUGGAAAUGACUAAAUGGAGCAUUGAGCUUUGCUUUAAAAAGCUGCUGUUUUCAUGUAUUUGCUGCAAAGCGUCUUUUUAUUUUCUCCAUAAGUAAAUAUGUAAUGACCUGUUUCUUCUAAAGCAAUUGCAUUUUAAAAGAUARUACUGCAUAUAUCUUCAGUUCAAAAAUAGUAGUUCAAUAAUAAAUGCCAAAACCCCCCAAAAUACCAAGCUUAUGUGCCAUCUGCUUAGGAUUCUGUAUAGCACCCUCAGCAAUCCGUGAAUGACAGGUCAUUUUCUUUUCUGCUUGUAUCAUGUUGGAAUAAUGCUUGUUUUAUGAAACAAAAAUCACUGUUGUAUGAUUUAAGGUGGUGUUUUGUAUAAACGUUGAGUGCCAUUUUAAUGCAAGUUUUAUAUAUAUUAAAUGUUGAGUUGGUUUCAGSCUAUCUCACUUCCUGAUGUGUGGAGAUAGCAGCCUUGAAGGCUUGUGUCUAGUUAAGUGUUUUGAAGAAGUUUUGUCGAGUUCUGUUUUCUGUCCUUGAUUCUUUUCAAUGAAGAGGUGUUCCACAUUUCAUUCUUGCUAAGGCAGACCGUCACAAGGUGUAGUAAUGUUGACAGUAGCAAAGAUUCUAUCAUUAAUGUUUAAAGGUUUUYGACUGUGCCUUAAAUAUAUGUAUGUAAGAAGACAUGAUGAAAUUAAAGCUAAGUCUUUGCAUACUGUGCUUUUUGGUGUUCAUGUUGAUGUAUAUGUGAGUGAUAACUUAGUUUUUCCRUGGAAGUUUUCUUCCACAGGAUUAUUCAGAAAUUGCUGUGUUGRUAAGAGUUUGGGGGUUGUGUGCUGUUGAUUUGCAAUAGUCCGUACAUGAUGUGUAAUCCAUAGUUAUUGUUCAGUAUUUUCACUAUGGAUGUUGUAAUUUCUCUUACUCUUGGAAGUCUGAAUUUUUAUUCCCUGCUGGCAUGCAUGGGUGACAUCUCUUCAGCUUGUUGUUGUCAAAAUAAAAACAUGUAAAGGUAAAAAGUACAAAGAGAGGGCAAGGUUUAUUAAUAACUAGGUCAGUGAAAAUAGACUGCUUCUUAAGUAAGAAGGUGCAAACUGCUCUUACUUCACAUGCAUAUAAGUGUGCUCCCUCUGUUGUGUAAGGGUCAGGGAGGUCCUAUUUUCUUAAAAGUUGUAUUGCUGCUUGUUGUAUUGCUGUCUUGAAAGAAAAUGGCAAUGUCCUGGACUUAAUUCUGGAUUGCACAGUAACCAUGGCAGGGCAAAGGAAUGUAAAGAUUACAGAAUAUGGUAGCUGUGUGUCCAAAUAAUGGAUUGUGAUCGGGACUUGCUGACAAGACUCCCAUUUUGGUCAAUGGCAGUAAUGUGUCCUGUGUCCAAAGGCAGAUCAUACACUCAUUCCUGUCUAAAUCUGAGCAUGUCUUGAGGGGAGUUUUGCACCUGGAAGUGUAUCUAUAUUGGUUGAUAYCAAUAGCAAGAGUUGACUUCUUUUCCAGGG